GGAUAUGUCACAUGUGUAACCAGAACGAGGCAUCGUAGUCGUGUAAGAUUUGUUCAUUUUAUUUAUAGGCGGCUCAAUACAGACCAAGUGUGUAACCAAAAUGGCAAGCGACAGUGCAGAAACUGUAGUAAAGGAGCAACCAUCGUUCGUUUAUCGUGUAUAUCAUGGCAUAUCACAGAAAUGCCAGUCGGCGCUGGAUCAUGUUGUUCCAUACUCAACACAACGAUGGAUAGGCACUGUUAUGUUCGGUGCUCUCUAUUGUUUGCGAGUGUUUUUCUUGCAGGGAUGGUACAUUGUUACGUAUGCCUUGGGAAUAUAUCAUCUCAACCUCCUCAUUGCCUUUCUAUCGCCAAAAAUCGACCCAGCGUUAGAAAUGGAAGAUUCCGACGAUGGUCCCAAGUUGCCAACCAGCUCGAGUGAAGAGUUUAGGCCAUUCAUCCGACGGUUACCAGAGUUCAAAUUUUGGUACUCUGCGACCAAGGGGAUUGUGAUUGCGCUGAUCUGUACGUUUUUCGAAGUGUUCAACAUACCAGUGUUCUGGCCCAUCCUUGUCAUGUACUUUAUUACACUGUUCUGCAUUACGAUGAAAAGACAAAUUAAGCACAUGAUCAAGUACAGAUAUAUCCCAUUCACACACGGGAAGACAAAAUACAAAGGCAAGGAAGACACUGGACGUGUACACCAGUCGAAGUAGACAGUUGUUAAGUUAGGUAAAUGAACCGUAUGCCGACGCAAACUGCUUCGCUCCAAGUGUGAUCGGAGAAGCCAGAAGUUCUGUAUUAUUCCUAACUAUACUUUUAUGCUUAUUUGAAAUGAAUGCACAUAAACAACGGAGAAUCGGUUUCAAUAUUUGUUGGUGAUAAAAUUCAGUCUUGGAUUUGUAUGCAGUUACAAUGGUAAAGCAUCUGUAAUGACUCAUUUGUCAGAUAUCUGUGAUUGACAGUUUCGCACUCAGUGCUUGUAUAUACUGACAGUGUCACAGGUAAUACGUUUGUAACCUGGUUACUAUGGAAACAUCUAUAUAUACGUAUAGGCUUGUCUGAUUGAUUGGGGCAGUCACACCAAUACCAAUCGUUCUGUCACGGAACACGCCUGAAGUUAUCAAUUCAUUUGAUUUCGUGUGGUGAUUUUUUCGAUGUGGCCCAAAUUCCAAAUUGGCCUGAUAUCUUCUGGCACAUUAUCAUGAAUGCUCCGCUCCCCCCCCUCCACACACACAAGCAAGCUCAAUCAAUGGCAAACCCAAUACAACUGCAUCGAGAUUGGAUAUUGUUACAACUCGUGAUUUGAGACUAGCAGGAUGCUAAUUGCAUUUUCUGAUGACUAUUUAAGUCUAACACACAUAAUUGACAUACGUGCCUGAUUCGUGAUUGGUGUAACUAUUCGUCUCUUCGUUAUUGUUGCUAGCCUAGUUUCUGUGCGUUCUUCACGUGUGCGGCUAAAUUGUCGACAGCAUUUCAAAACAUGGCUAAACAACGUUUUUAGAAUUGCACUAUCACAAAUUCACAACACUAAUCGGCUAUAGCUGCUUGUCAAUCAAUCAAGCCAGAUCAGUCCAAUGGCAGCAAAGUGGUAAUCCACUGCAUAAACAAUAGGUGUGAGAUCACUAUCAGCAAUCCAGCCGGUCGUGGCGAGCAUCUAAUAGUAUGUCCUGUCUGAGCUACUGUCGCAUUCCUGUAGGUUUAACAUGGAGACACGAACAAUUGUUAGCUAGUCUGGAGGAGUUGGAGGCAACCAGCAGCUGUGUGAAGUCUGAAAGCGUCGGCUAGGUUGUACAUAUUUCGCUUCUUCGUAAGGGAGAUGCGUUUUUUAAUUUUGUUUGCUGCCGACCUGUGAAUUAACAAUGCCUAAGAAAUUUUGAAUCGGUUGCACACUCGUGCGAAGUCUUGAUUUAAAUUGUGCAUUAUUAUCAAAAGAUUUGGAGCAUUAUUUGGAGACAGAAGUACGAACAGUGUUAUGAGUAAGCAGACACUGGUUAUCUCUGUUUGUUUGUGCGUGCGUGUAUGUAACCAUGCGAUUCACCGCAGACUAGGCCGCAGUUGUAACCGUCGCUUCAUUUCAGAGGUUUUUCGACUGCAGGUAAAAAUUGUCCAUGUUGGUAGCAAGAUCAGCCAAGGCCAGUGGCAUGCCUAAUCCAUAAUCAACAUGCUACGGCACUUAUUUACCGCAUUCAGCUAGUCAAGCAUAGUGGUGUGAUUUUCAUGUUAUAGCAUGAUGUGUGGUGUCAUUCAGUGGCACGAUAUAAGUGAUGUGGUUCGUGCCGUAGCGUGAUGAUGGGUGGAAUCGAUGUGUUGUAUGCUGUAGCGUGUGAUGUGUGGCCUUGCUUUUGCUAACACGUGACAGGAGUGGUGUUAUCAAUACCGUAAUAUGAUAUGAAUGGUGAUAUUUACAGCAUCGGCGUCAUCAAAUGUACAGUUCCAUUUGUAUGAAAAGGUGUUACCUAGUGUCUGUGUGUUUAAUCCUGACAAACUAGCAUCCAGCACAUUUCAGCUUAUUGCAUGUUUAUACAGACUCAUAUUUCACGAAAUAAGAUUUCUGCUUCUGUGGGGAAAAUGGGAUCUACUUUUAACAUUAAUAUGUAUAUCAGGAGUCAAUAAUUUCAAAUUACUCACAUUUAUUUGAGAUUAUUUACUCCUGAUAUGUAUAUAUAUAUUCAUGAGUAUUCAUGUGUAUGUUAUUAGUAGUGGCUCCUAUAUUUUUCUGCAAUUGCAGGUUAUUGAUUAGAUCAUGUAUGUUCUCUUUUACAUGGCCCAAUAAACACUAUUAAUUCCUCUGUGUUGAACUUUAACACAUGUAAUAGGUGAAUGUGUGAGCUGCGUGUUUUACUGACUUUCACAUUAUUUUCUAAAUUAAGCAAGAAUAGUUAUGGUUAACUUCGGUUUCAUCCUGGUUUAAUUGAUAAAGAGAAUGUGGGAAUGGCUCACUACUGAUCUAUCCACAGUGUAUUACCUCACAGGGAGUUGUUGUGCUGUCAAAAAUGUGCAGGUAUGAAAAAGUUUGUGAAUUAUUAUUGAAGUACAAUAAAAACUAUGUUUUUCAAAUUCAUAA